AUGACUGUUACUAAAACAAGAAUUUUAAGCGGACAUGUUACUUUAUUGCUAUGGAAAAUAAUUAGUAUUAAAGAAAGUUUAACUGUUCAAGACUUAUUUGAAUACAUAGUUAACCAAUAUGUUUCACAGCUAAAGGAAGAAAUAUUAGAAACAAUAGAAGUGCACUGUUCAGAAACAAAAGAACAAGUUGGUGAUGAAAUUGAAUUAGAAUGUAUAAUUUAUGAUGUAGUUAAUAUUUUUGCUAAUGAUAAUAACUCUCAACCAGUCAACGCAUUUGAAAUUUUAAAAGAUGCUGCAAAAAAACGCCAUUUGCCUACUUUUAAUUUUUCAUUACAAAACUCCAAAUCAAAUGAUAAAUUAAAACUGGAUAUUCUUUCAUACAUCUCUUCUCAUAAAGGUGGAUGGACUUGUGAUGUUAUACCUACAGGAAAAAAAUUUAUUAGAGAAUUGUCAGAUGUUUUAUGGUAUAUCAAUAAAUGUGGAAAUAAAACAUUUAAUAAUAGAUAUACCAUACCAGUAGAAUUCUUUCAAUUUGUUGGUCGAUAUAAUCCU